CCGCGCAGGAAAUUGACAUCCACAAACUACAGUCAUCGCUCAAAAGAAGGGGGCUGGAUUGUCUUGUUCGACCAUCGAUUCGUUCACUUCUAUCGGGUCUCUCGCCGGAAUAACAUUCAAUUGCGCUUUUGUUGAAUACUCUUGUUGAAUUUUAACGGACCAAGAUGGGUAAGGAAAAGACUCAUAUUAACAUUGUCGUAAUUGGACACGUCGAUUCUGGCAAGUCGACCACCACCGGUCAUCUGAUCUACAAAUGCGGCGGUAUCGACAAGCGUACGAUCGAGAAAUUCGAGAAGGAAGCCCAGGAAAUGGGUAAGGGUUCCUUCAAGUAUGCUUGGGUGUUGGACAAACUGAAGGCCGAACGUGAACGUGGUAUCACUAUUGAUAUUGCUUUGUGGAAGUUCGAAACCAGCAAGUACUACGUCACCAUCAUUGAUGCUCCUGGACAUCGUGAUUUCAUCAAGAACAUGAUUACCGGAACGUCGCAAGCUGAUUGUGCUGUGCUGAUUGUUGCUGCAGGUACUGGUGAGUUCGAAGCUGGUAUCUCGAAGAACGGACAGACCCGUGAGCAUGCCCUGCUCGCCUUUACCCUUGGUGUCAAGCAGCUGAUCGUUGGUGUUAACAAAAUGGACUCCACCGAACCUCCGUACAGUGAGCCUCGUUUCGAAGAAAUCAAGAAGGAAGUCUCCUCGUACAUUAAAAAGAUUGGAUACAACCCUGCUGCCGUCGCUUUCGUUCCUAUUUCUGGAUGGCACGGAGACAACAUGUUGGAACCAUCCACUAAAAUGCCAUGGUUCAAGGGAUGGGCCGUUGAGCGUAAAGAAGGUAAAGCCGAUGGCAAGUGUUUGAUCGAAGCUUUGGAUGCUAUCUUGCCACCAUCUAGGCCAACUGACAAGCCUCUGCGUCUACCUCUGCAGGACGUCUACAAAAUCGGUGGUAUCGGAACGGUCCCAGUAGGUCGUGUUGAAACCGGUGUCCUGAAACCAGGUACCGUUGUUGUGUUUGCUCCUGUUAAUCUGACUACCGAAGUAAAGUCCGUUGAAAUGCAUCACGAAGCCCUACAGGAAGCCGUGCCCGGAGAUAACGUUGGUUUCAACGUUAAGAACGUUUCGGUCAAGGAAUUGCGCCGUGGUUAUGUCGCUGGCGACACCAAGAAUGCUCCACCCAAAGGAGCCGCUGAUUUCACCGCUCAGGUUAUUGUGCUGAAUCAUCCUGGUCAGAUCUCCAAUGGUUACACACCAGUGCUGGAUUGUCAUACAGCUCACAUUGCUUGCAAGUUCUCCGAAAUCAAGGAGAAGGUGGAUCGUCGUUCUGGUAAAUCUACCGAAGACAACCCGAAAUCGAUCAAGUCUGGUGAUGCUGCCAUCGUCAUCUUGGUCCCAUCCAAGCCGCUGUGCGUAGAAUCCUUCCAGGAAUUCCCGCCGCUGGGACGAUUUGCUGUGCGUGACAUGAGACAAACGGUCGCUGUCGGUGUCAUCAAGUCGGUCAACUUCAAGGAUGCAUCUGGCGGUAAAGUCACCAAAGCUGCUGAAAAGGCUCAAAAGGCCAAGAAAUAGCCGCCAACCGAAAUUAUCAUUCAAUCUGCCACUGAUGCCAACAGUACCUACAUUCGCAGCAGUGGCGCAAUCAACAGCAAGCAACAUCCGAAGUCCACAAGACGGCUGAUCAACAUCAAAUCUUAUCACUGCUUCCAUCGUAAAGCAUUCAGACGAAAAGUAAACGGGCUCUUUAAUUCAUUCCUUUUUGCUAUCUUAGAACACAUUUAUAUAUUAAUAACUUUUUUAUUAAUAAUAUUUAAACAAUAUUAUCUAGAACAGCACAGAAUCCAGAUGUGUGAAUGCGUAAAGAUAGGAAAAGCGAUUUAGAUUUUCCGGAUAAACAUAAAAUAUAACUUUCAGAAUGAUCGAAGGAAAACAAUUUUUAUUUUUUUUCUGCAAACAAACUGAAAAGAAGUGAUCAUCCAUCCCCUCGAUUCGGCAGAUUGGUAGCGCAAAAAAUCGAAAUUAAUUUGUUCGUGGCAAAUAGUACUGGCGAAAGCGAAAUUUAUACUGGACCGAUUGAAAAGACUGUUCCUUUCUGGUCAGGAAGGACAAUAGAAUAACUUUGGAAUACAAAAACAAUCCGCUAACAGCAAA